AUGAAAUUCACUGUUCAAACCGCCCUCUUCGCCCUCACCAUGGCCAUCGGCGCCAGCGCCGCAGCCGUAGAGGACCCCACCUCGGCCGCAGCCCGCCGCGACGUCCUCCUGAUGGAACGCCAGGGCGCAAACGCCAACCGGCCCGUCCCUAACGGCGCCUGCUGCGUCGCCAACACGAGCUUGAAGCAGGAUGUCUGCAACGUCAACGGCCAGAAUGGCCGUUGUGUUCCGGACAGCAUCAACAAUUGCGGCUCAAGCUUGACUUGCAUUGAGGACAGCAGGUUGGAUUGCGACCCGAACACGCUCGAGCGUGGUCGUCCCCUUUGCCGCCGCAGACAGGGAGCGUAA